CCCAGAUCAAGGUGUUUGUUUCAUUCACUGAUGUAUUCUACGCACAUAAAUCAGUGCCAGGCACACAGUAGGUGUUUUAAUACUUGCUUAUGCAAUAAACAAAUAAUGGGAAGAUCUCUGGGCGUGGGGAGAGCUAGAUCCCAGUCCAGACACUAAUUGGCAGAGCACUUAUAGAUCAGUCAUGGUAAGACACAGUUUUAAGACUCUAGGGGCACAAAUGAUCUCUUCAUCAUGGUGUUAUUUCUGUGUUUGUUUGUUUGUUUUUUAACAGUACAAAUUAAGGAGACUGGGAUUUAAAAAAUGAAAAUUUGUUCCCUGGAAGAGUUUUGUGAUAAGUAAAGGAAGGCACAUCUUAAAACCCGACACUUCCCCUGCAUUCCAUGAGAAUAUAGCAAAAUGGACAUACCAAAUCCUCCUACUUCCAAAUGUAUCACUUAUUGGAAAAGAAAAGUUAAAUCUGAGUACAUGCGACUUCGACAACUUAAACGGCUUCAGGCAAAUAUGGGUGCAAAGGCUCUAUAUGUAGCAAACUUUGCGAAGGUUCAAGAAAAAACGCAGAUCCUCAAUGAAGAAUGGAAGAAGCUUCGUGUCCAGCCUGUCCAGUUGAUGAAGCCUGUGAGUGGGCAUCCUUUUCUCAAAAAGUGUGCCAUAGAGAGCAUUUUCCCAGGAUUCGCAAGUCAGCAUAUGUUGAUGAGGUCUCUGAACACAGUGGCACUGGUUCCCAUCAUGUACUCCUGGUCCCCUCUCCAGCAGAACUUUAUGGUGGAAGAUGAGACAGUUUUGUGCAAUAUUCCCUACAUGGGGGAUGAGGUGAAAGAAGAAGAUGAGACUUUCAUUGAAGAGCUGAUCAAUAACUAUGAUGGGAAAGUCCAUGGUGAAGAAGAAAUGCUCCCUGGAUCUGUCCUGAUUAGUGAUGCUGUUUUUCUGGAGUUGGUAGAUGCCCUGAAUCAAUACUCGGAUGAGGAGGAAGAAGGGCACAAUGAUACCUCAGAUGGAAAGCAAGAUGACAGCAAAGAAGAUCUGCCAGUAACCAGAAAAAGAAAACGACAUACUAUUGAAGGCAACAAAAAGAGUUCCAAGAAACAGUUCCCAAAUGACAUGAUCUUCAGCGCAAUUGCCUCUAUGUUUCCCGAGAACGGUGUCCCAGAUGACAUGAAGGAGAGGUAUCGAGAGCUGACAGAGAUGUCAGACCCCAAUGCUCUUCCCCCUCAGUGCACGCCCAACAUCGACGGCCCCAAUGCCAAGUCCGUGCAGCGGGAGCAGUCUCUGCAUUCCUUCCACACGCUAUUUUGCCGCCGCUGCUUUAAAUACGACUGUUUCCUUCACCCUUUUCAUGCCACUCCUAAUGUAUAUAAACGCAAGAACAAAGAAAUCAAGAUUGAACCAGAACCAUGUGGCACAGACUGCUUCCUCUUGCUGGAAGGAGCAAAGGAAUAUGCCAUGCUUCACAACCCUCGCUCCAAGUGCUCCGGUCGUCGCCGGCGGAGGCACCACAUGGUCAGUGCCUCCUGCUCCAAUACGUCCACCUCUGCUGUGGCAGAGACCAAAGAAGGGGACAGCGACAGGGACACAGGCAAUGACUGGGCCUCCAGUUCUUCAGAGGCUAACUCCCGCUGUCAGACUCCCACAAAACAGAAAGCGAGUCCAGCCCCACCUCAGCUCUGUGUGGUGGAAGCACCAUCGGAGUCUGUGGAAUGGACAGGGGCUGAAGAAUCUCUUUUUCGAGUCUUUCAUGGCACCUACUUCAACAACUUCUGCUCAAUAGCCAGGCUGCUGGGGACGAAGACGUGCAAGCAGGUCUUUCAGUUUGCAGUCAAAGAAUCGCUUAUCCUGAAGCUGCCAACAGAUGAGCUCAUGAACCCCUCGCAGAAGAAAAAAAGAAAGCACAGGCUGUGGGCUGCACACUGCAGGAAAAUUCAGCUGAAGAAAGAUAACUCUUCUACGCAAGUGUACAACUACCAGCCCUGUGACCACCCAGACCGCCCCUGCGACAGCACCUGCCCCUGCAUCAUGACUCAGAAUUUCUGCGAGAAGUUCUGCCAGUGCAACCCAGACUGUCAAAAUCGUUUUCCAGGCUGUCGUUGUAAGACCCAGUGCAAUACCAAGCAGUGUCCUUGCUAUCUGGCAGUGCGAGAGUGCGACCCCGACCUGUGUCUCACCUGUGGGGCUUCAGAGCACUGGGACUGCAAGGUGGUUUCCUGCAAGAACUGCAGUAUCCAGCGUGGCCUCAAGAAGCACCUGCUGCUGGCCCCCUCAGAUGUGGCCGGAUGGGGCACCUUCAUUAAGGAGUCUGUGCAGAAGAACGAAUUCAUUUCUGAGUACUGUGGUGAGCUUAUCUCUCAGGAUGAGGCAGAUCGACGAGGGAAGGUCUAUGACAAGUACAUGUCCAGCUUCCUCUUCAAUCUUAACAAUGAUUUUGUGGUGGAUGCUACCCGGAAAGGAAACAAAAUUCGAUUUGCAAACCAUUCGGUGAACCCCAACUGUUAUGCCAAAGUGGUCAUGGUGAAUGGAGAUCAUCGGAUUGGGAUCUUUGCCAAGAGGGCAAUUCAAGCUGGUGAAGAGCUCUUCUUUGAUUACAGGUACAGCCAAGCUGAUGCGCUCAAGUACGUGGGGAUCGAGAGGGAGACUGAUGUCCUUUAGUCUUCCUGGGCGCGUGCCAGCGCUCCCGGUAGCGGCACUCACUGCUUUCACGCGCACACCACUGCUGCUCGAGUUUCCUGCACUGUGUGUCUGCCACACUGAGAAACCCCCACCCGCUCCCUCUGUAGUGAGGCCUCAGCUGUGCCCAGCAGGGACAAACUGUCUCAUGACAGGGGAGACAGAGGCAGCUCGGCUUGGGCUCCCAAGAGAGAGCUGCAGAGGCAGGAGAAUGUGUCUGUCUGGCUUCAGAGGAAGAGAAGGCGGGCAGGGCUGGGUGAUUUACGCUUGGUUUCUUGUCAGCCACCCAGAGUGUGGCCUCAGAUACCCAUUUGGGCAGUUCCUAGCAGGCAUUAACCUCUAAUUCUAAUUUUCCAAAUCAAGGGUCCUGUUGAAUCAGGUUGCCAGCAUCUCCCUGUGGAGAGGACAGGCCGGGUUGCGCCUGAUGCCCGAAGCCUGUGCGUGGUCUGGCCAGAGGCGAGCCCUGCCGUAGCGCACGCUGAAUGCAGAGGGAAAUGGGUCAGCUGGCUACCCCUUUGCUCUGGCAGGGUUCACACCGAAAGAAGUGGUUCUAGAUGUGGCUGUUUGCGCUGGGAGAGGGGAAGUGCAAGGCCUUUCUCGCAGUCAGAGAGGGCCAGCCCGACAACAGUAGUUAAAUGGUGAGCUGGGGGCCCAGGCGGCUUUGAGAACCCCUUCUCUGUGUACCCUGGAGAUGGAUGGAUAAGUUUCUGAUUCCCAAGACAGGUGCCCUGCCCUCUCUGCUCCUUCCAGAAUCCUGGCGUGGUGGCUGCAGCCGCCAUUGUGCUGCUAGUGAAGAGGCUCAGGGUGUGCGCGCUGGGGCUGAGCGCUCUGCUGGUUGGCGGGCCUCCCCCUCCCUGAGGCUAGGGCAGGCAGGCGCCAGCCUGGACUGGGUAGGGGCAGAGUGCUAUGACUAGCUCCUGACUGCCUGCCUGCUGUUGGGAAGGCUGAAUUGACAGCGUUGGGAGGUGGGCGAGGGGCUCCCAGAGUCACAUGUUUGGGAUGACAUCACGGGCAGUGCAGACCGGCCGCAGGUACUUGGAGCUUCGGGAAGCAGCGGACCACCUGUCCCAGUCUGUGGCGCCAUUCCCUCUGGGGUUCAUGCAGAGCAGAGCACUUUAUUUCUUCUAGGUGUGUAGGUUGAGGUGGAGUUUGAGCUAAGGUCUCGGGUCCCUGCCCAAAUCCCAUUCUUGAGGCGGGCGGGUGAAGAGUGGAAGUUACUUGUCCAGUUGUGUCUCAUCUCGUGGGGGAUUCAGGGGAGCUGCCUUGCCACAGAACUGGAUGAGGAGGGGCCGGUGCCAAGAGCUGCCCGCCUGACUGCUGAGUGGGGAGUCGGAGCCCGCUGCUGGGUGAAGGAGGCGGCACAGACAGGCUGGGCGCAGGCGUCUCCCUUCCUCCUCCCUGGGCCUCUGCUGAUCACACCCUCCAGCCCCACUGGCUGUCCCGGGAAGCACGUAGUGGGGUUGCCUCUGGCCACCAUCACCUAGUUCGUGGGAUAGAGGCUCACCUGCUCUCACGCACCGCGUGGGUGCUCGUGCCAUGCUCGGUAGGGGCCCAGCCAGCUCCUGACAAGCCUCGUCCCACUCUGGCCAGCCCCGUGCAGAUUCCUCUGCGGUUUGUGUUAUGUAUAUUCGGGACAUCCUCUAGCUGGACCAGGGGCUCCGAAUUACUCAGAAAUUAGAGUUAGGGCUGUCUGAAGUGCCAGGGGCUAGCCAGGAAGAGGUGAGAACAAACGACUAGGGCCUUGGAGGGGCUAGACCGGCCCCACCCUUCCCUCGCAUGCAGAAUCGCUGUGGUGGGCCCCUUCCCCAGCUGCAGACCACUCAUAUUUCCCUUCCUUCCCCCUCCACCCUGCCACCCCUCACCUUUAAUGACGGGUCUCAACCCCUCCCCCCAGACUUGGAAUGAUGGUGGUAGAGACUAGGGGGAGGCUGGUUUAUGUGCGGCUUUAUUGCCAGUGAAUUUCACGCACUUUAAAGUCUUGUGGCUUGUGACCUCUUAUCUGAAUAAAAUGGUAGAAUCCAUUUUGGCAAGUUGUAUACUGUGUGCUGUGGGUCCAGAAGGAUCCCGGGAUGGUGGUACAAGAACAGACCAGGCUAAAGCGUCACAUUCAGAUCCCAACUAUCCCCUGAGGUCUGGAGGGAGGGGGGGGGCGAUCAGUCUUUUGAUAGGUGAGGCAAGGAUUUUGAGGGAUCAGUUCAGUUAAAAUCACCCCACUCACCCCUGACCAGACGCCGGCUACCACACACAGACUGGGGCUCUGCCACUCGGCUUUAUUAAAGUGGCUCCGAGUCUGUGAGCACAGCUUCGGGUGCAGGCUGGCGAGCGACCGGCGGGCCUCAUGAAACUUUCAACACAGGAGAA